AUGUCUGCUCCUUCGAUCGCCAACUACAUUGUCAAGCGUCCCUGGCUCAAGCGCUGGAUGACCCCUCUGGCCAACUGGUACACCGAUGCCGCCGGCUACAGGAAGCUCGGACUGAAGUUCGACGACCUGAUCCCCGAGGAGAGUGAGAACGUCCAGAAGGCCAUCAAGCGUCUUCCUGCCAAGGAGGCCUACGACCGUGUCUUCCGUAUCCGCCGCGCUUUCCAGUGCUCUAUCUCCCACACUCUCCUUCCUGCCAACGAGCAGAUCAAGCCCGAGGAGGACGUCGAGUACCUCAGCCCUAUCAUCCGUGAGGUCGAGAAGGAGGCCAAGGAGCGCGCUGACCUGGAGACCCUCACCCUCCGCAAGUAG